AUGGCGGAGUUGCAGGCCACCAUAGAGAUCUCGGUAGAGCUCAACCGGUUCUACAACGUGGAUCUUUUUCAAAAGGGGUACUACCAAAUUCAGACUGUUCUCAAGACGCCCCCAAAAUCACCAUGUCGCAUUGAAAUCAGCGACAACAAGGUGAACGCUCAAAGAGGUAGGUGUGGCUCUUCAGAUAGUGCUGUUGUCUUCAUGCAGAGCAACACUGGCAGAAGUCAGAAGUUUCAGAUCUUGUACAGAAAUGAAGAGGUGGAUGUUGACGAUAUUUUUGUAUUCAGAAUUCACACACUUGUGGAUAGUACAAAGCUGGAGAAAAACUUGGAGACCCUUGAUCUGAGACUGGAGGUGCAAUUGUGGUGUAAUGAUGAUGAUGAAAUCACGGACCCUGAGGUUAAAAUGGAGCUUGCAAGCACAAGAACACUUCUGCUCCACUUAUCUCCAACCAAGGGACUGCACCAUGCAGUUCCUGUUCUGUUUGAUUACUUCCACCUGUCAGCCAUAGAAGUUGUGAUACAUGGUACAAUCAUUGCAAUACAUCAGCCGUACCUCACAAUGCCCAAAUCUCAAAAGACUGGGAAAGGCUCAGAUCAGUCAACUCUGGAGGCAGUGUAUUUUGGUCAAAAGCCGGCAACACCUUCACCCAUUAAUGUGAUCAGCAGCAGUGCCCGCAUGCAGCAGGCUCACCUCAUGCACAAAACAAUAUGCAACAUUCUACUGAGUGCCCAUGAGAGUCUCCAGGAAUACCUGCAGCUGUUUGCUUCCAUGGUUCCUGGAAACAGCUUUCUGUUGGUACGCAAAGACUGUCAUACAAGACUCGGAGAAGCUGUGUUGAAAGUUCAGGGUGUGCUGGAAGAAGAUGACUUGAUCCAGACAGCAAUAACUGACAUCACCCAGCUGUGUGCUGAGAAUGUUAUCCUGUGGGCACAGUUUCUGGAAAUUGUGUUGCGACAGACAAGGGUGCACCUGCAUUUAGCCAAGGAGCAUCACAAUCAAAGG